AUGCCCAAAGUGCAGGAGUUCAAGACAUCUCCACCAGGAAAAGUAAAGGAUGCAGUGAGGGCUGCCAUUGACAUUGGAUACCGCCACUUUGACUGUGCCUACGUGUACCAGAAUGAGAAUGAAGUAGGGGAUGCGAUCCAGCAGAAAAUCAAAGAAGGGGUUGUGAAACGAGAGGACCUCUUUGUCGUCAGUAAGCUGUGGUCCACAUUCCAUGAGAAAUCUCUGGUGAAGGGAGCAUGCCAGAAAACUCUUGAUGCAUUGAAACUGAAUUACCUGGAUCUGUAUCUCAUUCACUGGCCUUUGGGAUUUAAGGUACUUUAGUGUUUGAAUACUUUUUGUUUUU